UCUCUCUCUCUCUCUCUCUCUCUCUCUCUCUCUCUCUACAGGCUGUCAAUGAUGAAUUAUUAUUAUUAUUAGUAACAAGGAGGGUGUGAUUGAUAAUUUUCUAAGAGAAGGGUACUUUGUUGUAUCUGAAAGUUGAGCUAACUGUAGGGAAAAAUCAAAGAGAUAUUGCAGCAGUAGUAGUAGCUGGUUCUCUCUCCCCAUCUCAUUUCUAUCUAUCUCCGUCCCUCUCUGCCUUGUUCACAAAGAUCAUGAUAUGAUAUGAUAUGAUAUGAAUGAGCUGUGGAUGUUGUUGUUGUUCAUUUGAGUUGAUUAUUGGGUUUUUGAUUAUUUGCUCAGUUUAUAGUUUUGAUAGUGAAGAGAUGAGAUGAGAUGAGAUGAGAUGAGAUCAGUUUAUUUAUGGGUAAAAAAAGCAUUGGGAUAAUAAGAGGGUGCAAGAUUUUCAAUGACUCUCAUGAGAAAACAUUGCCAUCUGCCCACAUCUUUUCUUAACAGGAAUGGGAACCAAACUCCAAAAUACAAGUAAUCCAAUAGAUAGAAGUACAAUCACAAAAGUUGAUAGUUUUGGUGUGAGUUGUUGGGACCACUCCGCGCAAAAAUUACUUCUUUUAGUACUAUUGUUGUUGUUGUUGUUAUCAUCAACUUUGAGGAGUCAUCAAUGGAAAGGAGGAUCAUGCUCAAUCAACACAACAUUGAAUCUAUCAAGAAGACAAUGCUUAUACACCAAGAUAUUUUUCAACACCAGGUACGAGAACUCCACCGGUUGUAUAGUGUUCAGAAGAUGCUGAUGGAUGAGAUGAGAAAUAAUAAGAUUAAACAAGAAAUGUAUUGGGGGGUUCCAAGGAUCGACUCAAAUUGUAGCAACUAUUCUAACCUUUUGAUCAACCGGCACCAACCAACAACCACCACUGGGGGCACUGAGUAUAAUAACCUCCAUGUUCAAAGAGUAAUGACAACACUGCCAGACAAUACAGAGAGAAGUAGCAGUAGUUGUUGUGGGGAGACUCCAAGAAUCCCAAAGGGAUUUGAUCUUGAUCUUGAAAGGCCUGCCCAAGAAGAAGAAGAAGAAGAAGAAGAAGAUAAUAUCUCCUCAACUACUGGAGGAGUAGUGAGUGCCUCAAAAACAUAUAGAGCUAUAGCAUUAAAAAAUAAAGAUAAUAAUAAUCAUAUUGAUAUUGGCAAAGAAGAUGGCUAUGAUGAUGAGACUGAGGUGGAACUCACACUGAGUAUUGGAGGAGGUUGUUGUAGAGAGAAAAAAAGUGAGACAAAGUGCCACCAAUAACACCAUCAUCAUCAUCAUGAUGCAUCAUUCUACAUAUUCAAAAAAAGUUAAAACGAAAUAUUCAAAAUAGAUUUUGAACUUGAAAUAUUGUGCAUUUCCGCAAUGCUAUACAUGCA